AUGGAUGAGGAUUUUGAUUUGCCAGCUGCUGGGAUGGACGAAAAGGGAAUGGAUCCUGAAAAGAUUUUGAAGGUGGGAGAAGAGAGAGAAAUUGGAGGCAAAGGAUUGAAGAAGCAGCUUCUCAAGGAGGGAGACGGGUGGGAGAAUCCUAAAUCUGGCGAUGAAGUUGAAGUUAAUUAUGUGGGCACUUUGCUGGAUGGGACUAAAUUUGAUUCUAGCCUCACUCCUCUCAAAUUUAGGUUGGGUCAAGGAGAUGUAAUAAAAGGAUGGGAUGAAGGUAUUCAGACAAUGAAGAAAAAUGAAAAGGCCCUAUUUACUAUACCACCAGAGUUGGCCUAUGGGGCGUUGGGUUCCCCUCCAAAAAUACCCCCCAAUUCAACACUUAAGGUUGAAGUUGAGUUGCUCUCUUGGAUUAGUUGGAAGGAUAUAUGCAAGGAUGGAGGGUUAUUGAAGAAGGUUCUUGUUGAAGGAGAGGGUUGGCAGAAUCCUAGGGACCCUGAUGAAGUUUUUGUCAAAUUUGAAGUUCAGCUUGAAGAUGGGACUGCAGUGUUAAAACAAGACGCUGUGGAAUUUACUGUGAGAGAAGUUAUGGGGGCAGCUGGAUACAAUUUAUUUUCAUUUUCGUGUCAUUUCUGUCCCGCUUUAUCCAAAGCUGUGAAAACAAUGAAAAAGGGUGAAAAAGCCCAUUUGCUUGUAAAGCCCCAAUAUGGAUUUGGAGAGAAAGGAAAACCAGCUGCUGGUAAUGAAUUUUAUGUGCCACCAAACGCGACUCUUCAGAUAAAUCUGAAGUUAGUCUCCUGGAAAAUUGUUUCUGACAUUAGUCAUGACAAAAAAAUUUUGAAGAAGAUCCUUAGGGAAGGAGAAGGCUAUGAACGUCCACAUGAUGGUGCAACUGUACGAGUCAAACUGACUGGUAAGCUGCAUGAUGGAACUAUUUUUGCGAGAAAGGGGCAUGAUUUCGAGCCACCUCUUGAGCUCAAGGUGGAUGAAGACCAAGUAAUAGAGGGGCUUGAUAGAGCUCUUAAGACCAUGAAAAAAGGGGAAGUUGCAAUUGUUGUUAUUCAGCCAGAGUAUGCAUUUGGACAAUCUGAAUCUUUACAGGAGCUGGCUGUUGUUCCCGGAAACUCAACUGUGUAUUAUGAAGUUGAGAUGAUCUCCUUUGACAAGGAAAAGGAAUCUUGGGAUAUGAGUGCAGACGAGAAAAUCGAUGCCGCAGGUAAGAAGAAGGAGGAGGGGAAUGUAUGGUAUAGAGCAGGAAAAUACCAGCGAGCUUCAAAGAGAUAUGAAAAGGCUAUCAGCUUUAUUGAUUAUGACUCCUCUUUCAGUGAGGAAGAGAAGGAAAGGGCAAAAGUGCUUAAAGUAUCAUGCAAACUUAACAAUGCAGCUUGUAAAUUGAAACUGAAAAGUUUCAAGGAGACGGUGAAACUCUGUAGUGAAGUUCUAGAAAUUGACGGUAGAAAUGUUAAAGCUCUUUAUAGAAGGGCACAAGCAUAUAUUGAUCUGGUAGAGUUGGAAUUAGCUGAGAAAGAUAUCAAGAAUGCACUUGAAAUAGAUCCCGACAAUAGGGAUGUUAAAAAGGAGUACAAAAUCCUGAAAGAGAAAGUAAAAGAAUAUGACAGGAGAGACGCACAAUUUUACGGUAACAUUAUUGCCAAGAUGAAAAAGUCGGAACCGGUCGAAUCCUUGGAUCCACCAAAGAAGCAGGGGUCUGUGUCAGAAGCUAUUGAUAGAAUCAGAAGAUCAGUUGGAGGCCUUGCAGAGAAAGCUGUCCAAACAUACAAGAGAGGAAGAAAUCCUGGUUCCGUAAUUCCUGCAAGGUUAGUGCUGACAUCCCUGCUGAUGUUAGUUCUUGCAGUUGUACUUUCUUUUUUGUGCUUGAGAAACUGA